AUGCCAGCAGACACCACGCAGGAUGCAGACCCUGUGCUUUCCUAUGGGAUGAAACUCACGUGGGACAUCAAUGAUCCUCAGAUGCCUCAGGAACCAACCCACUUUGACCAUUUCCGAGAGUGGCCUGACGGCUAUGUGCGCUUCAUCUACAGCAGCCAGGAGAAGAAGGCUCAGCGCCACCUGAGCGGCUGGGCCAUGCGCAACACCAACAACCACAAUGGCCACAUCCUCAAGAAGUCUUGCCUGGGCGUGGUGGUGUGCGCACGCGCCUGCGCCCUGCAGGAUGGCUCGCACCUGCAGCUGAGGCCAGCCAUCUGCGACAAGGCCCGGCUGAAACAGCAGAAGAAAGCUUGUCCCAACUGCCAUUCAGCUUUGGAGCUGGUCCCUUGCCGAGGGCACAGCGGGUACCCUGUCACCAACUUCUGGCGACUUGAUGGCAACGCGAUAUUUUUUCAGGCCAAAGGAGUUCAUGAUCACCCCAGACCAGAAAGUAAGUCAGAAACAGAAGGCAGAAGAAGUGCCCUCAAGAGACAGAUGGCCUCUUUCUACCAACCCCAGAAAAGGAGAUCAGGAGAGCCUGAGGCAGGAAGCCCUCAGGACAGCGGUGGACACCUCAAUGGCAUGCCUGCCCUGGAACCCAUGGAAUUGUUUGAUAUGACUGCUGAUACCAGCUUCCCCACUACAGGGCAGUCCUGCCUUCCUAUCCCAAACUCUGAUGUUCACAGAGUUCCCUGUGACCUAGCCACCUUUCAAGGAGAUCUAAUGCUGCCCUUUCAGAAAUACUCAAAUCCAAGUAUCUAUUUGCCCAGACCACCUUGGAGCUAUGAAUUGGCAGGUCGUGGGGUUACAGGUUCAAAUCCAUACCCCAGCCUAUAUAAAGAGUCCUCCAGUAUGCACAAUGAUACAGACUGGGUCCAUCUGAACUCAGUUCAAUAUAAUGUCAGCUCAUAUGGCAGCUAUGAGAGAAGCUUGGAUUUCACAGCUAAAUAUCAUGGUUGGAAACCUACGCAUGGGAAACCCGGCCUUGAGGAGAGGGUUGACUAUGGGCAAUGCCAAGCUCUGACCGCACGCCCUUAUUACAACUCAGAGCUGCCCUGCAGGUACCUGCCAGCACCACCAGCAGGCACUCAGGCCCUGCAGACGGUGAUCACCACCACGGUGGCUUACCAGGCUUACCCGCACCCUGCUCUGAAACACGAUGACAGCAUACAGGAGGUUAGCAGCCUUGCCAGCUGCACCUACGCUUCUGAAAACCUCACAGUCCCCAUCUACCCACAAGCCUUAGACCCUCCCGAUGGAGUCAUCCAGGCAGCCUCUCCUUCAGGGAGAGCCCCUGUGAAAGUCCCUGGCGAUUGCCACUCUGCCACCAGACCCACUGUGGCUUUUCCUCAUGAGACAGAACCCCCUAGGGCAGAUGGGGCGGAGGUGUGGGAUGUGUGUCUGUCUGGAGUGAGCUCUGUGAUGGGUUUCUUGGAUAGGACAGGGCAGCCCUUCAGCUUUGACAAUGAGGACUUUUAG